AUGAACUGCAGCCUGCCAGACAGAGUGCUGCUCAGCUACGGGAUGGAUGGACAGCGGGACAGGUUGUGCCUUCAGUCUCUUUGGGACUUUGUCACAGCAAAGGAGGCAUUGAUCAAGUCACCGUUUUUUCCAGUGCUGUUUUCUUUUACAGCAUACAUGGCUUUCUGUCUUCCAUAUAUUGCACUGGACUUUUUAAGCACUAGACUACCAAACUUGAGAAAAUACAAAAUCCAGCCGCAGAACUAUCCAACUCUUGGAAUGAUGGUGCCCUGCAUUAUUCAAAGUGCGUAUCACCAUGUUGUUUUGAUCUUCCCGGUGACGUUUCUCCACUGGUACUGGAGACCAGUGAAUCUACCAGUGAUAGCUCCAGAGCUGCCUGAGGUCCUGCUGGAAGUAGGAGUUUGCCUGCUUCUGUUUGAUUUUGAGUACUUCCUGUGGCAUUUGCUUCAUCACAAGGUGCCUUGGCUCUACAAGACCUUCCACAAGGUGCAUCACAAGCAUGUGUCAACGUUUGCUCUUACUACACAGUAUUCCAGUGUAUGGGAAUUGCUCUCACUGGGAUUUUUUGCUGCUAUCAACCCAGUGCUUCUCAGAUGCCAUCCUUUGACAGAAAUGAUUUUCUUCCUUGUAAACAUUUGGUUGUCAGUGGAGGACCAUUCAGGAUACGACCUUCCGUGGUCAACUCACCGACUUGUGCCUUUUGGUUUGUACGGAGGAGCACCACAUCAUGAUCUCCAUCAUCUGAAAUUCAAAUCAAACUAUGCUCCUUACUUCACCCACUGGGACAAACUCUUCGGGACAUUCACAGAGUCGCAUUCUAAUUAAGGAUAUUUACCUGUGGAUGAACUCUUAUUUUUUUAUAGGCUAAACUAGGACAUUAAUUUUUCAAAGACAUACAGAAGAUUGUAUAUUUGAAGCUGCCUAUAAAAGCAAUAGCUAUUUAUAACAAAUCCUCUUAAUAUAUGUGUAUUUGUAUGUAUACUUGGAAGUGCCUAUGUUAAAUGGCUGCAAAUGGGAGGGUAAAUAUCUGUUGCUUAAAUUUGUUUGAGUCAAAGGUGUAAGGGAAGCAUUAAGAGACAUUCUCUC